CGACGAUGGGUGGGGCACCAAUAAGGUGGACGCCAACCGCCGUUAAACUGGAAAGAAGAAGAAGAAAGAAGAAGACGACGAUGGGUGGGACCUAUUCUUGCGUCGCUGCUUGCUACCGGGGUAACGGAGUUUUGAGGUUGUACGGAAUGUUGCCGGUGUAGCAGGAACUCCCGCCAUUUUUCAAUCGGCUAUAAACCCUCUUAUUUGUUUAUGUAAUCAGCACGUCCCUCAAAACAGCAUCUACGCGGUCUACAGUCGCUGCGGACAGGGGAUUGGUACGUCGCUUUGGCCUGGAGAAUCGACGACAACACGGACCUGAGCGGCAUAAGAAAGCCCGCCAUACCAGCUCCGACGGGCCGCGUUUCGCGCUUCCGUCCCCGGCACCCAGGAGCUUCCGCUCACUCCUCAGGCUCUCUUCAGGCAUCUCACCAUGACCCCACCGGCUCCCUCAAUCCAGCGGAUUUAACACGGGAGAUGUAACUGAUCGAUAAGACCGUACUUUUGUUGGUGUUUUGUUUUCCUAAAAGUAAGUAAAGCAGCGCGCGCUAGCCUAGCCCGAUGCUACGCCACUGAGACGCGCGGAUUCACGGCAUAUUCAGUUCAAGCUGAGAUUGAGCGGGGGUUAGUUCAGUAGUUGACUUUGCAGACACAUCCAGGACCGCAGCGAGCCCGCCAUGGCACCAUUACUAGGCCGGAAGCCGUACCCUUUGGUUAAGCCGCUGUCGGAGCCGCCGGGCCCAGCAGAGGAGGUGUUCAUCAUCGAGCACACUAAAGAGGCCUUCAGGAACAAAGAAGAGUAUGAAGCUCGACUGCGCAGGUAUGCAGAGCGGAUAUGGACGUGUAAAAGCACCGGCAGCAGCCAGCUCACACAUAAGGAGGCUUGGGAAGAAGAACAGGAGGUCACAGAGCUGCUUCAGGAGGAGUACCCAGUGUGGUUUGAGAAGCCGGUUCUGGAGAUUGUGCACCAUAACACAGUAUCUCUUGAUAAGCUAGUAGAUCUGGUCUGGCUGGAGAUUCUCACCAAGUAUGCUGUGGAUGAGGAGUGUGACUUCUUGGUUGGCAAGGAUAAGACGUUGCAUGUGAAAGUGGUAAAGAUGAAUCCGCUGGAGAAUCCUCCAGAAGAAAAUGUGGAGAAAAAGAUGGAAGGAGCUUGUGAUUCUCCAUCCAGUGAUAAAGAGAAUGCUAGUCAGGAGAACCUGAAGAAGGAGCCACAGUCCAAAGAGGAGGACAGCAGGAGAGAGAGUCUCUCUGAUAGGGCCCGCCGUUCACCCAGAAAACUCCCAACCAGUAUGAAAGAAGAGAAGAAGAAAUGGGUCAUGCCCAAAUUUCUGCCCCACAAGUACGAUGUCAAACUUCUCAAUGAGGACAAAGUUAUCAGUGACGUCCCUGCAGACAGCCUGUUCAGAACGGAGCGGCCUCCCAACAAAGAAAUAAUGCGCUACUUCAUCAGACACUACGCUCUGAGGUUGGGCUCGGGAGAGAGCGCCCCCUGGGUGGUGGAGGAUGAAUUGGUGAAAAAGUACAACCUGCCAAGCAAAUUCAGCGACUUUUUACUGGACCCUCACAAGUUUUUGGCAGAAAAUCCAUCCGCCAAGAGGAAAAGCAUGAGCUCACCGGAAGGUAAACCCAAUAAGAAGCUGAAGACUGCGGAGACAGGAAAAGACAGUGAGGGAGUCAAAGUAAAAGGGGAAAAGAAGAAAAAGAAAAAAGAUUCCCAGAACAUACCUCUCAGCCCAACCCUUUGGGGUCAUAUGCAGGUGAAGAAAGUUAAUGGAUCUCCGUUAAAAAUGAAAAACUCAGGUACAUCUAAGAAAUGUGAUGGGGAAAACAUCCUCAGCGCCCCAAAAUUAAAUAAAAAGCAGGGAGACAAAAAAUCCACUGACCCCAAAAAGAGCCGCAAGAGUGGGGUCACCAAGACUCCCAAUGGCCAGAAGCUCUCCAAAAAGGAAGACAAAAGCGCUGGAAGCACCAAGAAACCCAAAAUGAAGCAGAUGACCCUUUUGGAUCUUGCCAAAAGCCCACCUGCUGCUGCUAGCCCCAAAAAGCGAGGCAGAAGUCCAAGUACUGGCUCUGCUAAGCUGGGCAAACCUUUGGCGCCCAUGGCCUUACAUCUCCUUCGGUUUUACAAGGAGAAUAAAGGCAAAGAAGACAAGAAGACAACUCUGUCCUCACUGGUGUCUAAGGCGGCAAAAACGCUGUCCGCAGAGGAUCGUGGCCGGCUUCCUGAGGGGCUGAAAGAGCUGGUGCAAAAACGCUGGGAACUGUUUGAGCAGAAACGCAGAUGGGCCCUUAUGACCGAGGAGGAGAAACAGGACGUUCUGCGGCAGAAGCGCCAGGAAAUCAAGCAGAAGCUGCGUGAGAAAGCCAAAGAGCGGAGGGAGAAAGAAAUGCAGAUGAGACGGGAGAUGUCACGCCGUUACGAAGACCAGGAGCUCGAAGGCAAGAGCUUGCCAACAUUCCGUUUGUUCGACAUGCCCGAGGGGCUUCCCAACACCCUCUUUGGUGACAUAGCCAUGGUAGUUGAGUUCCUUCACUGCUACUCUGGCCUCCUGAUGCCUGAUGACCAGUAUCCUAUCACCUCUAUCGCUCUGAUGGAGGCUUUAGCUGGAGAGAAGGCAGGUUUCCUCUACUUGAACCGUGUGCUGGUGGUGCUGCUGCAAACACUUCUGCAAGAUGAGCUGGCGGAAGGUUACAGUGAACUGGACAUGCCGUUAUCUGAGAUUCCUCUGACCAUGCACUCCAUAUCCGAGCUGGUUCGCUUGUGUUUACGGCCAACGGAUGCCCAUGAGGAAGAGAGCGCCCGCGGCUCGGAUGACUGGCAGCCUGGUGUGGGCUACGAUGACGUGGUGAGCAGUGAGUUCUUGGAAAAACUGGAGACGUCGGAGGUGUUUGAACUGAACUCUCAGGAGAAGGUCAGCCUGCUGGUGGCGCUGUGUCAUCGUAUCCUCAUGACCUAUUCAGUGGAAGAUCACGUGGAGGCCACUCAGCAGCGAUCUGCCGAGCUGUGGAGGGAGCGGCUUGCCACGCUUAAAGAAGUCAAUGAACGUAAAAAGGCAGAGAAGCAGAAACGCAAAGAGCAGAUGGAGGCAAAAACCGAUGCUAGCGGAGAGGUACUAAUGAGGGCAGAUGGGAGGAAAGAUUCAAAUGUGAUAAAAGAGACACCUAAGGUCCCCGCCAAAGUGGAACCAGAGCCGGAGGACAUGAUCAGCACAGUGAAAAGCAGACGUCUGAUGUCCAUUCAGGCCAAGAAAGAAAAGGAAGAGCAGGAACGGCAAAACAAAGAGCGUAUGGAGAAGGAAGCGGAGGAGGAGCGAAUCAGGAAGCAGAAAGCCGCAACAGAGAAAGCCUUGCAGGAUGCCGUCACUAAAGCGAAGCUGGUGCUGAGGAGAACACCACUGGGUACCGAUCGCAAUCACAACCGGUACUGGCUGUUCUCUGACGUGGUUCCUGGCCUGUAUAUUGAAAAGGGAUGGGUUCAUGAGAGUAUAGACUACACAUUCACUCUUCCUCCUGAAGAGGAGCCGGUGUCGGCAGAGGAAGACAAAGAGGAGGAGACGGAAGAUGGAGAGAAAGAGGAUGAAGGCAGCAUAGUCAGCGCUUCUAAUGAAAAUGGCCAACAGGGGGCACCAGUGCCUGAGUCCUGUAUUGAGACCACUGUGCCCAAACAAGGCCAAAACCUCUGGUUUGUGUGCGAUUCGCAAAAAGACCUCGAUGAACUAAUAGAAAGUCUUCACCCUCAGGGAGUAAGAGAGAGUGAACUCAAACUCAGGCUCCAGGUUAAUUACCAGGAAAUCUUGCAUUCCAUCCAUCUGACGAAAAAAGGUAACCCAGGCCUGAAGACCUGUGACGGAUACCAGGAGCUGCUUAAAUUCUUGCGCAGUGACAUUAUUGAGGUAGCAUCUCGUCUGCAGAAAGGAGGCCUUGGAUACAUGGAGGACACAUCUGAAUUUGAAGAAAGGGUGCGUGACUUGGAGAAGUUGCAGGACUUUGGGGAGUGUGUGAUCACACUGCAAGAGAGCGUGAUCAAGAAGUUUCUGCAGGGCUUCAUGGCACCCAAACAGAAAAAGAAAAAGAAGACCGGUGGAGAGGAGAGCACGACGGCGGAGGAAGUGGAUGAUCAGAAGAGACUGGCCGAAGAGGCCAGGGUAGCAACCGCGGUGGAGAAGUGGAAAACUGCAGUCUGUGAAGCUCAGACUUGCUCUCGUAUGCACGUUCUGCUCGGCAUGCUGGAUGCCUGCAUCAAGUGGGAUAUGUCUGCAGAGAAUGCUCGCUGUAAAGUGUGCCGCCGGAAAGGAGAGGAUGAUAAGUUGAUUCUCUGUGAUGAGUGUAAUAAAGCCUUCCAUCUGUUCUGUCUGCGGCCGGCACUGUACCGUAUACCGGCGGGUGAGUGGCUCUGCCCAGCCUGUCAGCCAACUACCGCCCGACGCAGCUCCAGGGGCAGAAACUAUAAUGAGGACACCGAGGAAGAGGAGGACUCGGAGGAGGAAGAUGAAGAAGACUCUGAAGAGGAAGAUUCAGAAGAAGAAUACAGGAACACGGGCCACAGUUUGAGACCUAGGAAGAAGGUGAAGUCGUCUUUGAAGCCCAAAGUGCAGAGUAAACCACCACAGAAGAAGCAUUCCCCUCCUAGUGCCAAACCAGCUCUCAGACCUGCUUCCAAGCCUGAUCCAAAACUUGCACUCAGAUCUGCUUCCAGACCAGAUCCAAAGCCUGCUCUCAGAUCUACUUCCAGACCAGAUCUUAGACCUGCUCCCAGACCUGUUUCCAACCCAGAUCCUAAACCAGAACCUAAACCUUCUCCCAAACAAUUGCCUAAAUCACGACCUGCACCAAGCAACCCUGCAGACAUCGAUGAGCUGGUGCGACAGAGCUCCAAGUCUCUAUCAAAGAAACAAGCUAUUGAGGUAGAGAAAUGUGAGGAGAUUCUUCAGAAGCUGAUAAAAUACCGACACAGCUGGCCCUUCAGGGAACCUGUAUCUGCUGAAGAAGCCGAGGAUUAUCGGGACAUCAUCAGCUGCCCGAUGGACUUCACCACCAUGCAGGACAAGUUCAAAUCCUCCCAGUACCACAACGCCAGCGAUUUUGUCAAGGACGUGAAGCUCGUCUUCUCAAAUGCAGAGGAAUACAACGAGCCCGACAGCGACGUCCUGACCUGCAUGGCGUGCACAGAGCAGGCAUUCAUCGAGCUCAUGCAGAAGAGCCUCCCUGGGAUCGGCUACCUGCGACGGCGAUCACGCAAGCGUCCGGCCGCUCACUCCGAAGAGGAGGAGGAGGAAGAUGAUGAGGAGGAGAGGGGAAAGAAGAUACAAAAUGGGAAGCAAGGGAGAGCCUCAUCCAGACAGAAGGAAGAUGAUGAGGAAGACUCUGGACAGAGGAAGACCAGACAGUGCGGUGGACAAUGGAACCAAGAUGACAGCGAAAGUGAGGAAGAUGAGGAGGAGGACGAGUCUGUGAGAAGGAAGAGCAAGCGGACAAAUCGCAAAGAUUAUCGGGAGCAGGACAGCGACAAUGAGAGGGACAGCAGGAGAACUGGAUUGAGACGGACUGCACGAGGUGUGACGGAUGACAAGGAGGCCAGCAGUGACGAGGACUCGGGCGUCCAGCGACAUUCCAAGAGGCUCAAACGCUCAUGAAGACCAGGGUGCUUUGUGUUCUUUGUAUUCAUUUUUGUACCCCCUCCUUAUUAAUCAGAAGGCGAAACGGGGUGCCCCAUACCACUGCAUAUUGGACGGAACUUUUGCUCACCCCGAUGUAGAUGUUUGGGUUUAUUUUACUUUUUGGAAGUUUUUGUUAAUAUUGGAGAAAACUGAUUUAUAUUUGUAAGUUGAUUAAUAAUGGUGACACUUGGUUUUUCAACCUUAAGAUUUGCAUUGAAAAAGAGAUGUCAUCUCCUUGAGCUCUUGAGACUUUUUUCAUUUGAUAUUUGGCCUAAAAAAACUCAAAUAAUAAUAAAAAAAAAACCACUUGUAUCCCAAAAAAGAUUGUAAUUGGGUUGCAGAUACCACCAAGCCAUGUCUGAUUUUGAUGGCUUGAGAGGUUUCCCUGUAAAAGUUAACCUGUAAAUGUUAUAAAGUGAUUCAGAAUGAAACGGAUCCUUUUGCGUAGACCUUCUAAAUGAAUUAACCAGUGAGCGUCCAGAACUAGGCUCUUUCAGUGAAACUGACGUUAUGUGUUUUCUGUGUCUCAUAAGAGCGGUUUAAUUGGCACUAAACCCCCAUGGUGGUAUGACACUGAACUAAAAGUCUUUAUUUUUGAAUGUGCCACCACUUUUUCCUUUUCUUUAGUCAUUUAUUAUUUUGCAGUUUUACAAUAAAAGCUGUCAUCCUUGCGUUCGGUUAGACAACUUCUGUUUUUGAAAAGCAGGAGAUCACUGGUCUUGUUUAUUGGC